AUAAAAAAUGGCGUUAUCUUAAAUAAUAUAAAUUAAGUGACAGUUCAAUAAAUUAAUUAACUAAAAUAAAUUUAAAAUAAGUGAGUGAAAAAAAUGUUUAAGACAAAGAAAUAUAAAAAAAUCUGGGAUAAUUUGUCAGAAAAAUUAAAUAAUAUUGACUUGUUAUUAACUGACAAUAAUAAUGAUGAUGAACUAAUUAAUUUAGUAAAUAAUUUAAGUAAAUUAUCACAGGAAUUAAAAUCAGUUUUAUUAAAAAAUAAUAACGAUAAAAUAAAAUUAAUUGAAUUAUUUGAUGAUUUUAUUUAUGAAACAAAAUCCCGGGAAAAUUCAAAAAAAAAUUUAUCACUUAAUAUGGAGGAGUUUAAAAAUAAUUUAAAGACGGAAUUUAAAAUAAUUGAGACUAAUGAGUCUAGAGAUUUAAUUAAAAAAUCUAGAGAUUUACUGAGUUAUUUUGAUGGAAUUAAUGAUAAUUUUGAGCUCAAUAUUUACGAAGUCAGAAAAAUCGAAACUUCUUUAAUUGAAAUAAUUGAGGAAUUAAAAAAAUAUUUGAGUGAUUUAUUAUCUCCUGGAAUGAGAGAAAAAAUUUAUUUAUGUGCGACGCAAUUAAUUGUUACCUUUAAAUUACUAAUUGAUUUAAUUAAUGAGCAGACGGAAAUUGGGACGCAGAUUUGCGGAACAAGAAUUUAUUUGUUUAAUUGUUUUAGCGUUUGUUUGCAGAUAAUUAUUGAUACAAUUGAAGGAGAUUAUUCUGCUGAUGAUGAGGAAAUUGAUGAAGAAGAGAAUCAUUUUAUUCAUAAAAUGGACCUGGCUCUGGAUUUGGUCAACAAGAUGGCGGAUAUGAAACACGAAAUGGCCGAGCCGAAUGAUAAGCCUGGAGAUUUGAAUUUAAAUUAUUGUAAAGAGAAAAAUGAACUUAUUGAAGAAUUGUGGAGUGUUUUAGAAGAUAUAUUCAGUCAUACGAUGGCUAUCGCCCAAGUUUGCUCGCCAGAGCAGUUUAAUUUGAUGACAGGAAUCAGCAAAACGGUAAUUUGUGAAUUUGAUAAUUGGAAGAGGGAGUUUUUGAAAGAAAAAAGAGACAGGGCAUUGUUUAGUUUGUUUGGUAACACUUUUAUGGACGCGAUGUAUAGACUUGAGAGGGCUGUUAAUGUCGCGAUGCUUCAGUUGGUGAUGGAGGUAUUCAGCGAACCUUUUAGUGCGCUGAAGAAACUCGUUAAGAUUUGCGGGAAUAGUUUGAAAAAGGAGUGCAGGAGAAAAGAGGAUCUAGAAAAGGCUAUUGAGGAGUUUGAUUUGAUUACUGAUAAAGCGCUCCAGAUUGGGUUGUAUGCUGCUGCUUCCUGUGGAAAUACCACUCGCGCUCUAAGAAUCCGUAACCACAUGGCAUCACUCGAGUCCUUGGAUCUCGAGCUCGUAGCGGCGAUAACUUCUUUUUACCUCGAGCCUUCAUCAGAAUUACGGUCAGCAGUAAAACUUUUGACAACGCAAUGGCAGAAUGAAAUGAACAAUCUCCACAAAUCAGUUGACCUGAUCCUGGAUCCCUCGGCCUACUGCCAAGUGGUUUUAGAAGAUUUGCAAGAGCGGGUUCAGUCCAUCUCCGAUGGCUUUGAGAAUCACCAGACAGUAACUCAGUCCCAAAUAAAAAUAAUUGUCUACCGGGCUUGCGCCCUCGCUUCUCAAAUUACCACCGCCAUUGAUGACAUCGGUAGCAACGUCAUCGAUAAACAGACGGUAAUGACUAUUCGCGAGCUCAAAGCCGCGAUCUAUGAAACUGACGCAGCUUCAAAAACUCUUUUGACCCCCACUUCAACUUUGCCUCAGCAAUUGCGAGUAAUUAAACGAUGCGAGUUACUACUGAGUGUCAUAAAACGGCUCCAGCCUGCUCUUGAAAUAAUAAAUUCUAAAAUAACGAGCUCUUUGAUGAGUAACAGUGACAAUUCUUUGAGUAAUGAUAGCAAGUCAUUUAUUAAAACUCCUUAUACUGUUAAAAAUUACAAGUCUACUGUCACUAUUCAAUUUGAUGAUCAAGAUAAAAUAGAUCCUUGUGAUUUAAGUUGUUUGAUUCCGUAUAUUGAACGUGGGAAGACCAUGAGAUCGGAAUUUUCUGUGUUAUAUAAAAAUAAUUGGGCUGAUGAUGAUGAUUUUGAAGAUUGCGAUGGUGAGGGAAGAGGAAAAAUUUUUUUUAAAAGUCUGGCAAGAAGAUGGGGAGGGGAAAGUAAAAGAAGAAGUCGAAAAAAAAUUGUAUCUAAAAAUUUUGAUGAAAAUUUAUUGGAAAAAAAUGAAAAAAAAAAUCCAGAAGACGGCUUGGAAAAUUUUGAAAAAGAAUUUAAAGAAAAAAUUUUAAUAAACGACGGAAAAGAAAAAAUUAAAGUAGAAAAUUUUGAUAAUAAUGGAAUUGAAAAAUUAAAAAAUGAAAAUUUUGAAAAAGGAAGACACGAAGAUAAUUUUGAAGAAAAAAUUAAAGAUGAAAAUUUUGAUAAAAAUUAUAAAGAAAAAAAUCAUGAAAAUAAAAAUUUAAGUAAAAAUAAUAAAGAAAUUUUUACCUCUGCAAAUAAUAAAUCUAAAUUAAAACUAAGACGUAAUUUAAAUAAUAUAAGACUUCAUUUAUUUAAUCGUGAUGACUUUUCUAUUAAUAGUAUAAAUAAUGACAGUAAUGAAGAAGAAUUUAAAGAAAUAAGUUUAGACUUGACCGGAAUAUUAGAAAACAUUUCUGGUAUUUCAAUGGCAGAUAGUGAAACAAGUAACGGGACCAAGAGUAUUGGAGGUCAAGAUGUAAGUUCGGUUAUUGAUAAAGAAAUGGACUAUUGUAGAGAGACUAGAGACUCUGGUGACAGCAAUUUCGCUAAUGAUGGUGCUGGUGACGCGGGAAGCAUCAGCGGAAUCAGUAGCAUCGACACACCGGAGAGGAUCAAAGGCAUCAAGAAAAUUGACAAGAAAAUUGAAAUUUUACAGCGACGCGUUAACUCGAAGUAAUUUAACAAUUUUCUGCAUUUUCGAAAAUCGGUUAAUUAUUUAAAAGUUUAUCGAGUUUGCACUUAAUAAUUAUUAUUAUAUAAUGUUAGUAAUUAUGUUUAUAGUUAAUUUCAAUAUUAAUAUAUUAAAAUAUGUAUUUUGUACUUUUUCACAUAAGAAUUAUUGAAAUAAAAAAAAAUUAUUUAAUAA